AUGAGUCGCAUGAGUUCAAUCAAAUCACUCAUUCCUCCAAAACUUUCUGCAUCAGGAAUUGCGGGUAACUCUGCAGCGUACGCACAAUUAAGUGACUUUUAUAGCAAACUUCCAAAAGGUCCUUUAUCUCAACAUGCACCACCUGGAUUAUUAGGCCGAUAUUAUUAUAGAUAUUUUAGAACUAGCUCGCCUGCUCCUAUUCUUCAUCUUAUUGUAGGCCUUGGAAUAUUAGAUUAUGCACUUGCAUAUCACCUUCAUUUAAGUAAAUAG